AUGGAAUCAGACUAUUUAUUAGAUCCAGUUUAUAUAAUUAAUGAUUUCGAUGCAAGUCAAGUAGUGGUAGAUAUUAAUCAAAAUUCACUAAGUGAAAGUCAAGGUUUAAUAACGAUGAACCAAAAGACAACGGUCGAUACACCAUCAACUAAUUUUUUUAAUGAAAUUUCAUCACCAAGUUUAAUGACACCAUGUUCGCCUCCUACAAUUUUAAUUAAUCAACAAUUACAACAACAAAUCAAUAGUUUUAACCAAUUUUCGAGUAAUAAUAGUACACCUAUGAUGUCGAAUAGUAAUACUACAACAACUACACCAGUUUUAUCUUUUACAUCAAGUACUCCAAAUACGUCAUCAUUUUUACCAAUUAAAUCCCAAUUAAAUAGUGCAACAUCAACAUCACCAAAUAGUACAAUUACAUCACCAAUUAUUACAUCAUCAACUACCGGCUCAAAUCUAUCAUCUACACCCAAUAUGAUCUCUCAGACAUCAUCAUCACCAUCAAUAUAUCAAAUGGGUUACCAUAAUCCUGAAAUGUCACCACAUACACACGAACACUUUUUAAAAUUGCUUACACAAAUUCAACAACACCAACAACAAUCAAUAUCAUUUCAACAAAAUCAUGAAUAUAUUAAUAAUAAAAAUAUACAACCUUUACCUGAUAUUAAAAAAGAUACACAAUCAUCACCUACAAAUACAGGUCUAGUUGAAGAGAUGAUCCCAACUAUAAUCACCACUUCAAUGUCAACUCCAAUAAUUUCACCAUCACCAUCCCCAACUCCAAUAUCAGAUCAACAACAACAAUUCAAUAGCAAUAAUACUAAUGGCGCAGUUGAAACAACUAUUACAUUGGCAAUUCCCAAUAAAAAGAAUUCAAGAGUUAUUGCAUCACCACCAAAUUCACCAAGAAAGCCAAGUAAUAAUAGAAAUAAUAAUAGCAAAAUAAAAAAUAAAACCCAACAAGUUCAAAUGAAUAUUCAGCAACAACAACAAUUACAAAUGCAACAAGCACAACAAGCACAGCAGGCACAGCUACAACAACAAGCACAACAGCAACAGCAACAACAACAACAACAAUUACAAGCACAAACAAUGACAUCACCUUUAUUAUCAUCAUCAUCAUCCAACUCUACACCAAAUUUAUCACCAACUAUUAAUUCAAAUACAUUUUCAAGUUUCAGUUUAACAAAUUCGUCUCCACCAACCGCUACAAACUCAACACCACCACAAUCACCACCUCUUCCACCACCACCACCAAUUUUAAAUACUAUACCCACUGUUAAAACACCACUUUCAACACUUUCACCAAAUAAAAUGGGACCAACCGUUUCAUCAAUUGUAAAACAAUUAUCAACUACAAAAAAAUCUUUAACAACUUCAAAUACCAAUAUUGUAAAUAAUCUCUCCAAUUGUACAGAAAAUCUUUUAACUGCCUCAACUUCAAGCGCAACCAAUAGCGAAGAUAAAAAAUCCAUUUGUUUAAAUUUCUUAAAUUUCUUUUUCAAUGUUAAUCCAACACUUACCACUCCAUCUACACGUAGACCACAAAUUUUGGCAUUAUAUGUAAAUAAAAUACAGCAAGAGCUUAGAUAUAGAAGACCAAACGAUAUGGCAAACCUUUGCGUAGUUCUCUAUGGUUAUCUUUUCUCUUCGUUGGACGAACAAACUAUUAAAGAUUUUAUUGCCAGCCACAGUUUAAAUUCUUCAAGAUCGAAAAAAGAAGAAAGAAGAAAGAAAAGAAAAAGAGAUUUAAAACAAGAGCAACAACAACAACAACAACAAUCACUUCACCAACAAGAGGAUCAAGUUUCAAAAGUUGCAAAUAUUAAUAAUGUUCUAUCCCCAAGAGGUCAAAUUUUAAGUCAUCAAUUGGAGUCUAAUCAUCAUGAUUUUUUGAAUGAUCAUUCUCAACAACAACAAUCAAUGCAACACUUAAACCACGCCACUGAAGUUGAAAUGAGUGCUGCCGAAGAGGAAGAAGAUCCACCAAUUUCAUUACAUGACGCAUUUCCAAUUUCAAAUUUACCACCCACCUGCGAUGUUUUGCCAUUUGUUGACCCAAUGUAUACUCUUGAUGAUCUUUAUAAAUGGGAAAAUCAAUUAAAGGAUUUAAAUCCAACCGUUAUUACAAAUUUACAUACCAAUGCAUCAUCACCAAACUCAAAUCCACAAUCACCCUCAAUGAAUAACAAUGGUUUACAAACUUUAUCCUCAUUUAAUUUUAAUGAAUUCGAUUCAAAUAUAAUUAGUGAUGAAAAUGAAUUAAAUGAUGCUAAUAAAUCAUUGGUUUUUAAUAAUAAUAACAACAAUAAUAAUAAUAAUAAUAAUAAUAAUAAUAAUAAGAAUUUAUCUUCAACAUUAAUAACAAAUUCAUCAUUAGGUGCCUCUGCUACCAACUCUGCAACAUCCUCUAAUACAAAUAAUUGGAAUGAUGCUAAUAGUGGAGUAUUGGUAAACGUUUACGACAAUCCUGAUGAUUUCACUAUUUAUGUUGCAAUUCCUCACUCACAAGAUAAUUCAUUAAAGGUUACCGUUAAUCAAAAUGAAGUUAUUGUCGAAGGUAUUAUCUCAAUUCCAGAUACAAUCUAUCUACCUAAUGGAAGUGAAAUGACUAUUCCCGUUAGUUUCCCACCAUCAUUACAAAGACAAGAAUUUUUAGAAGGUUCAUUUGAAAAAAGAAUCUCAUUGGCAUCACCAGUUAGUAGUUAUGUGGUUGGUAAAAAAGAAGGAAUCAUUGUAAUUAUCGCCCGAAAAGAUAUUACAAGCACUUUAUCAAAUAUUUUAUUAAUUCAACAACAACAACAACAAUUACAACAACAACAACAACAACAAUUACAACAAUUACAACUAAAAGCUUAA